AUGGGACAACUACCUGUAGCUCGGGUCACUCCAAUCCGCCCAUUCUAUCAAAGCGGCGUGGAUUAUGCUGGACCCAUCCAGAUAAGGACUUCUAAAGGAAGAGGUCAUCGAGCGUACAAGGGCUAUAUAUGCCUAUUCGUAUGUAUGGCUACAAGAGCCGUACAUUUGGAAGCCGUAACCGAUCUUACGUCACAGGGAUUCCUCGCAGCCUUCAAAAGGUUUGUUUCUAGACGUGGCCAUUGCGCUGAUCUCUACAGCAAUAAUGGAACAAAUUUUGUGGGUGCUGCGUGCGAGCUAAGAACCCUAGUAGCUCAGGAAAAUUCAACCAUGACGAGAGAAAUCGCUGAGAGUUUAGCUACUGCUGGGACCAACUGGCAAUUAUCCCACCGAGAGCUCCUCACUUCGGUGGACUUUGGGAGAGUGGGAUAA